ACUUCGGGGUGGAUCGUGGCUCUCCUUGAGAGCCCUAUGUUUCUGGCCCCCCAGAACCCAGAACAUGGCAGAUGGGCCUCAGGCCAACUCCAAAGAGUUCAGGAAGAAGCGGCUGGUUAGACACUCCUCUGGGUGGAGGGGCCCGAGCCUCAGGGCCUCUUCUCCUUUGAGAAACUCCAGAUCUUACCUGGGGACGAAGAAGUUCAUCACCAUCGCCAUCCUGGCCAGCCGUGGGCAGGGAACUCACAGCACAGACCUGCUCAACCUCAAGUCCAUGGUGGAAGCCAACACAGGGAGGAACGCCAUCUUGUCCUUCAUGGGCUACGGCUGCUACUGCGGGUUGGGGGGGCAUGGCCUGCCCAUGGAUGAGGUGGACUGGUGCUGCCAUGCCCACGACUGCUGCUACCAGAAGCUCUUUGACCUGGGCUGCCACACCUAUGUGGACCACUACGACUCCACCAUCGAGAACAACGUUAACUUUAUGUGCGGCGAAGUCAACCAGACGCAGCAUGACCAGCAGGCGUGUGAGUGUGACAAGAGCGUGGUCCCGUGCUUCCAGAAACUGACGUACAGGGAGGAGGGACAUGGCAACUACCUCAACAUCUACAGCCAGAGCCCCACGCCCGACUGCAGCAUCUACCGGCCAUGCCCCCGCCCCUCCCUAGCGCCCCCUGGGGGCUGA